AUGGAUCCUCUAAUUCAAUCUGCUCCAGUCAUUGAAAUACCGACUGUUGGGAUGAUAUUUCCAUCUAAAACGGAUAUUCGUUUGUAUUACAAGGCCUAUUCCCUUGGUACUGGUUUCGGUAUAAGUAAGCUCGGAACAAAAAAUGGACCGGAUGGCAAACAAAAGUGGUUCUCGCUAGCUUGUGCAAAAAAUGGUGUUUUUACAUCAAGGGGAAAAAAUAUUUUACAUCCCAGACCCUCUAUCAAGACGAAUUGUAAAGCAAGGAUUAAUGUUGCUGUUAGAAACGAUGGGGAAGUCGAGAUCACCAGCGUCUGCCUGGAGCACAACCAUGCCAUGAGCCCGGGGAAAUCAAGACAUCUUAGAUCCCACAAGGUUCUUGAUCUGGAGGUAAAGAGAAGAUUGGAAUUAAAUGAUGAAGCAGGAAUUACACUCGCAAAAAGUUUCCAAUCUUUUGUAGUUGAAGCCGGUGGUUAUGAUAAUCUGAAAUUUGACGAGAGAUCUUGCAGAAACUUUAUUUCAGAAUCUCGGAAGUUGAGGUUAGGAAAUGGUGAUGCGGAAGCACUUUCUCAAUACUUCACUCUAAUGCAAAGCAAAUCCCCAAAUUUCUAUUAUGUAUAUGAUCUAGACGAAGAUUCUCGGAUAAGGAAUGUAUUUUGGGCUGAUGGAAGAUGCAGGGCUGCUUAUCAAUGCUUCUCCGAUGUCAUCACCUUCGACACAACUUAUCUGACAAAUCGCUACGACAUGCCUUUUGCUCCAUUUGUAGGGGUGAAUCAUCACGGACAAUCCAUUCUACUAGGGUGUGGCCUACUAUCCAACGAGGAUUCUUCCUCAUUCAUUUGGCUUUUUAAUGCAUGGUUGACAUGCAUGCAUGGAUGUGCUCCGAAGGCAAUAAUAACUGACCAAUGUCGAUCAAUGGCCAUUGCUAUUGAGAGGGUGUUUCCAAACACCAAGCAUAGAUUAUGCCUUUGGCAUAUCAUGAAGAAACUCCCAGCUAAAUUUGGUGCUCACACUCAAUACAAAUCUCUAAAACAAACGAUGAAGAAUAUUGUCUAUAACUCAAUCACAAUUGAGCAGUGCGAUUAUGAAUGGAUGAGAAUGGUAGACGAUUUUCAAUUAGAAGAUAGCGAUUGGUUAAACUCUUUGUACAAAGAACGAAGUAAGUGGAUACCUGUCUACGUAAAACACCACUUUUGGGCAGGCAUGUCAACCUCACAAAGAAGUGAAAGCAUGAAUGCUUUUUUUGACGACUUUGUUCAUUCAAAAACCUCCCUCAAACAGUUUGUUGAGAAAUAUGACAAGGCGUUGAAGAGAAACAUCGAGAAAGAAAUGAAACUGGAUUUUCAGUCAUAUAAUUCAAGCUUGUCAGUUGUUUGUGGUUAUCCCUUGGAACGACAAUUUAAUAGUUUGUACACUAACGACAUUUUGAGGAUAUUCCAUAACGAAGUGGCCGGGAUGUUGUAUUGCGAAAUCCAAAAUAUUCAACAGGAAGGUCCAACUCAUGUUUUUGAUGUAUUAGAGAACAUUCUGGGAAGUGCAGGAGAAACCUUGAGGGACGUUUGGUUGAAAGUACACUACACCGCGAUGGGGAAUUUUGUACAAUGUCAAUGUAAGAUGUUUGAGUUUAGGGGAAUUUUGUGCAGACAUAUUCUUAUGGUGUAUAGAAGAAUGAAAGUGGAUCAAGUGCCUGAGAGAUAUGUCUUGGACCGUUGGCGCAAAGAUUUGAAACGAGGUUAUCAAAGCAUCACCAAUAUUUAUGAUUCUGAUGUGUCUGAAAGUCAAAGAAAAAGCAACUAG